GAACAAGUGGUGGGACAUCAGACGUAAACAACAGGUGGUCGCCUGGACGUAGAUAGGUACUGUACAUUGGCUCAACAUGUUUAUAGUGGACAAGAACUCCUGAUACCUCAAAAAGAUUGGGAACCUACCCCUUUUCACAGCAUAGAAUGAAUGGAAACAACUAAAAUUAAGGCCAGAACUUGUAUGAAUAAGAGAUGGCGAUGGCUGACGUGAGAAUGCACGAGCGUCUGCAGGUGAUCAGAAACCACUUAAUCUUGUGCUCUGGUCAUGGUGGUACUGUAAGGAGAAGAGAAGAACAAGUUAUCUUUGCACCUUCAUCUGUUCAAGCUGAUGUUGUGAAAGUACUCCAGGCAGGCUUGGCUAAUAUUGGUGUGACUGAUGUUGAGGUAGAGCCACCACCAAGAGGACUGGAGAAGGAGUAUGCUACUCUGUUAACACCAGCAGCUGUCAAAUUUGUGGCUGAUCUCACCAAACAGUUCAACAAUAAAGUUGACUUGAUGCUGAAGGAGCGGAUAAGACGGAAAGUAGAGCUUGAUAUUAACGGUCAUCUUCCCAACUUCUCAAAUAAUCCUAAGGUACAGGAUGAGAGCUGGAGAGUGGCUCCGGUGCCGAGGAGACUUGUAUGUCGUCAGCUUGACCUGGGGGAUGUGUCUCCAGCUAACACUGACAAGUUUUUAGAGGCCCUAAAGUGUGAUGUGAAUGGAAUACAGACAGACUUCGACGACGGUCACUGUCCAACCUGGCGUGCACAGUUAUGUGGUCUUCACAAUGUGUACAAGGCUGUGUUUGGUCUCUUCCCUGGCCUGGGAGACAUCAGCCAAGUACCAGUGCUAAUGUUACGUCCUCGUGCUUGGAACAUGAUUGAACACAACAUGAUGGUUGAUGGUAAGGAAGUCCCUGGACCUCUAUUUGAUUUUGGUCUUCUCAUGUUCCACUGUGCUAAACGUCUCCUGGCAGCAGAGAGCGGACCAUACUUCUAUCUCUCUAAACUUGAGGGAGCUAAUGAGGCUAGAGUUUGGAAUGAAAUCUUUUGUUGGACCCAAGAGAAGCUGAAUAUUCCACAAGGCACGAUCAAGGCUUGUGUGUUAAUAGAGAACAUCCUGGCGUCAUUUGAGAUGGAGGAGAUCCUGUAUGAGCUACGCAACCAUUCCCUCGGUCUGAACUGUGGUAUCUGGGACUACUCGGCCUCAUUUGUCAAUAAGUUUGGACACAGGAGUGAUUUUAUCCUGCCAGACCGUAAUAAGUACGUUAACAUGCAGCGCCACUUUCUUCGCUCCUAUAUGAAUUUGGUCAUCCAGAUCUGCCACAGGCGGGGAGCACAUGCCACAGGCGGUAUGGCAGCUAACAUCAUGGUGUCUCGGGAUAUCGGUAUUAUAGCAAAUACUGCACAGGCCAAAGUACGCGAGGUUUUUGCUGGUGUUGACGGCUUCAUGGUGUAUGACGUACGUUUGAUUCCAGUCGCUACAAAGGUAUUGCAGCACAUAGUAGGAGACAACCAGAUUGACAGGAUAAUAGAGGACGUGCAUGUAGGUGCUGGAGACUUGCUGGAAAUGCCUUCAGGUGGUGUUACCUUAGCGGGCCUAAAGCACAAUGUUGCUGUGGGCAUCUUAUUCAUUGAUGCUUGGCUACAGGGUAAAGGCCACUACAUAUAUAAAGCAGCAGUAGAAGAUUCAGCCACGGCAGAAAUAUCUCGGUCACAAGUAUGGCAGUGGAUCAGACACAGGGCAACACUGGAAGACAAUGGAGAGGUAAUCAGCAGAGGCCUUGUACAGCAACUGAUUAAGGACUUCAUAGACUCAACCAUCACAUCAGGUGACCCUGUUCCUAUGAAGUCAGAUGAAGACAAGGAAAGAUUAAGAGUAGCUUCUGAAAUAUUUGAAGAGGUGGUGACUAAGAGGGAAUUUCCUGAGUUCCUGACAACAUAUUUGAACCUUGACCACACCUUCUUAAGCUAUCAGAAUAAAUAUUCGGAGUAGAGAACGUCUUAACAGAAUUUCACGUCAAGAAGUUUUGUUUCACUUGUGUAUUCAUUGUUAUUUCGGUUGUCAUACUUUUUUUUAUAGUAUGUUGUGGUAGUAUCAAGGUUCUCACACUUUGUAGGACUUUGUGUUGUUCCAUGACUUGCCUAGAACAAGGGCAAAUUUGCUAUAUUUGCCUAUUUUUUUUUAUUUUUUUUUUGGUCAUUAAUGAAUUCUAGCAGCUAUGAGAGUGGGGAGGGGGGGUUCUGUGCACACCCGUAAGCCUGGGAAGCACGCCAACAAGUAGGAAAAAAGCCGUGGCCAAGAGGAAAUUAAAUGGUGAGACGGUGAGACAUAUGUUAUUAUUAUACCAAGACAAAGCUACAGGUUGCUGCUCUCCAGAUAGGACCCCCAUGUUCCUGUGGAUGCUUUAAGUACAUUAGGCAGUGACAUGACAGCAGAGUAUCUUCACUAACUUUUGGCCACUCCAGAGCUACAAUGCACAGAAUGCCUACAUCUCCAAGGUUGUUAAUUCCCAGGAAGUGAAGUAUUCUAGUGUGUGUGACUGCCCCAACAGGAGUCUAUGUUGUAUUAAGUACUACACAAUUUUGUUCGGUAAUUCUACUCAAGAUUUACACCCCCGUGCCUUCUACAGUGUCCACGGCAUCAGUGAGAAGUGUUGUUGAGUGUUAUUAUAAUCAUUAACUCCUCUAUUGACUGUUUCAUGUCAUCAAGUAAGAUAUGUAAAAGAAAAAAAAAAUUUAAGGUGAUAAAUUAUACACAGUCAAAAGGGGUGAUACAGUAUUUUUAAGAGUAUUUUUAUGUGACCAAUUUCUGGUAUAAAUAUGAAAUUUAUAUGAUGAUUAUUAAUUUGUAAAAAAUCACAAAUGAAAUGUUACACUUUUUCAUACAUAAUCAAAAAGCCUCAUUUUAAAGGGAAACUGAAGAAAGGAAAAGUUUUUAAAAUGCUCAACUUUAUUGCAGUUUUGCAUACUGAAGAUCAUUACUUGUUAAGAUAGAAGCAUAGGAUAUUAUGCUUUGUGUUCAAGGGAUGCUAGGAUGACUUACUAAUCUGGUGCUCAUAAAUAUUGCUGCUAUAUACAGUACAGGGUUCCCAUACUAUUGGGUAGACUAGGAAAAUUAAGUAACUUGAGGUUUGUUGUUUCCAUUUGACAUUAAACUGUAAAAAUUUUAUAAUUGAAGAAAAAUCAGGAAAAAAAUGGGGUUCCCAGGAAAUUAUAAAUCUCGGCUCAGGGAUAAUUGUUAAACUGGGCCUUUCAAUGUUAUGUUUGGUGAUAAAUGUUUAAUGCCUGUGGUUCUGAGACCUUGAAAAAAUGCCUUAUGUGACUCUGGAAAAACCUGGAUAAAACUAGAAUUUGAAAAUGUCUUUUAGGUUUGGUAAUCCUGUAAUAGACAUAUAAUUAUUUUACUAACAAGUGUAUACAAGGAUUACAGAGGGAUAUUAUAUGGUACUGCAGUAUAUUAAAAAGCGGUGUUUAUAUUUUAUAAUAACAUUUGAUUUUAUAUUUUUUAAGAAAUUUUGUUUUGUUUUAUACAGUACUGUGUUUAUAAGAAACAUAUUUUACAUUUUUAUGUCUAACUAUUAAAACAGUUAUUGCUC